AUGAAAUUCAGCAACAGGCAGAAUGAAUCUAUGGGAGCCAACCGCAGGGUCUCCCCUCUCGCCUUCCGGAAGUGCGCGGGGCGCAGACGGCCUCGCGCACCUGACGUCACGGAACGCGCCAGCCCGAGAAGGCUAGAAACCGCGAGCGUCCCUAGUAGCAAGGGGGACGCUGAGAUGUACGAACUUCCGGUUGUCGCCGGCAGCUGCCGCGGCUGCCGCCUCCGCCACCUGCGGCGGGCCAGGUCUUCGUUCCGGGUCCAGUCAGCGUUUCUGCUCCGUCUCUUCAGUUAA